AACAAUAUUAAUAAUACAAUUAAUAAUGACGAAAAUUUGAAACCAAAUUUUUCGAUUUCAUGUCAUAAAUGUAACAGCACUGAAUAUCAACCAUGUAUAACAAAUCCGGCUGGACUUCAUUCCACUGUAAUGUGCACAUCAAAAUGUUUUACUGGCAAUUUUAAUAAAGAAUUAAUACGAGGCUGCUUUGAUGAUUUAAAUGAUACUGAUCGUAAACUUUGUAUAAAUGGAUCAACGUGUAUAUUAUGUAAUACAGAGAAAAAUUGUAAUCAUAAAGUUUGGCCACAAUGUUAUUCAUGUAUAUCAGAUUCAAAAGAUUUAAAUUGUGUACAAUGGUAUUCUCAAAAUGAAAUUAAUAAAGAGAUUUGUAAUACGGAAACUGAUAAAUGUUUAAUUCAAAUUAAUUCUGAAAGUAAAACUGAACGAAAAUGUAUUCCAAAUGAUUAUAAAUGUAAAGCAAGUAAUCCAGAUUUAUGCUAUAUUUGUUCAGAAAAUCUAUGCAAUCAAAAUAUAUUUCCAAAAGAUCGUCUUCAUUGUCAUCAAUGUUCAUCAAAUUCAGAAGAAAAUAAUUGUGAUAUAUUACAAGAAAUUGAUAAAAUGAAACCAUGUUUAUUAUAUAAAAAAAAUGAUAAAUGUUUUUUAUAUUCAGAAGGUGGUAUGAAACGUGGUUGUAUAUCUGAUAUUAAAGAAUAUGAAAAAUGUAAAGAAUCACCAGAUACAUGUCGUAUUUGUAAUAAUGAAAAUGGUUGUAAUUCUUUAUCACUUUAUCAAAAACCAAAAUUAUCUUGUAGUAUAUGUGGUAUGUCAAAUGAAUGUGCAUGGCAUCAAAAAAAUGAUACAAUAAAAAAAUGUAAA